UCCGCAAGAUACCUAGUAGACCUCAGCUGCUCCCGCAGCUCCGGCGCAUCCAGACACUCCGCUCCCUUGUGAGCAGCGCUGCGCCGCCGUCGCCGUCGCCGUCGCCGCCGGUAGCCUCGUCGAAACCGAGCACGAGCCAUGUCCGCUCGGAGCGCUUUCCUCGCCGCCGGCGUUGCCAUAGCCGCCGCCGCCAUCCUCCUCCUCCCACCUGCUUCCCGCCUCUCGCGGAAUUUGGGGGAAGUCGUCGCUGACAUGAUACUGGCCAACGCCACCAUCUACACCGCCGACCCCUCCCGGCCGUUCGCCGAAGCCAUGGCCGUCCGUGCUGGCCGCGUGCUCCGCGUGGGCGGAUACGACUCUGUCAAGGAAUUGAAGGGUAGACACACACUUGAGUUGAAUCUUAGUGGAAACGUUGUUCUUCCGGGAUUCAUUGAUUCCCAUGUGCACUUCAUUGAUGGCGGGCUGCAGUUGGCACGGGUGCCACUUCGAGGGGUUAGAAGCAAAGGUGACUUCAUCAACAGGGUCAAGGAAGCUGUCAGAGAUAAGCAUUAUUGGCAGUGGGUAUUUGGAGGAGGUUGGAACAAUGAUGCUUGGGGAGGUGAUUACCCCACUGCUGCUUGGUUGGACGAUAUAUCUCCUGACAAUCCUGUCUGGCUUUCACGCAUGGAUGGACAUAUGGGAAUUGCCAAUUCGCUAGCUAUGAGAAUGGCUGGGAUCGACAAAAACACAAUUAAUCCAGUUGGUGGAACUAUUAUAAAAACAACUGAAGGAGAACCUACCGGUCUUCUAGUUGAUGCUGCUAUGAAGCUCGUGUUUGAUGUUAUUCCAGAAGUCUCUAUCCAUGAAAGGAGAGAUGCCCUUCUUAGAGCAAGUAGACAUGCCCUAAUGAGGGGGGUGACUACUGUUGUUGAUGUUGGAAGUUACUUCCCUGGAAUGUCAGAAAAGCAAGUCUGGCAAGAUUUUACAGAUGUAUAUGAAUGGGCUCAUUCUGUUGACAAAAUGAUUAUGAGAGUUUGCUUAUUCUUCCCUAUGCCCACAUGGUCUCGUGUUUCUGAUCUUAUCCAUGAAAGAGGUCGGAUGUUAAGUCAAUGGAUUCAUCUAGGUGGUGUUAAAACUUUCCUUGAUGGUUCUUUGGGUUCUUCCAGUGCUUUAUUCUAUGAGCAUUACACAGAUGAUCCUAGAAGUUAUGGUCUCCAAUUGGUAGACAUGGAUGAUCUGCUCAAUACAACGUUAGAAUUAGACAAAUCAGGGCUGCAGGUUGCCAUACAUGCAAUUGGAGAUAAAGCCAAUGAUAUGCUACUCGAUAUGUAUGACAAGGUGGUUGAUUUCAAUGGAAUGAAGGACCAUAGAUUUCGAAUUGAGCAUGCUCAACAUCUUGCUCCUGGUGCAGCCCAGCGCUUUGGCAAACAUGGUAUUAUUGCGUCUGUGCAGCCUGAUCAUAUAUUAGAUGAUGCCGGUUCUGCUGGAAAGAAAAUUGGGAUAGAACGAGCUGAUCGAAGCUCCUAUUCUUUUCGGUCACUAUUAGAUGGUGGUGCACAUCUUGCUUUUGGUUCUGAUUGGCCCGUUUCAGACAUUAAUCCGUUACAAGCUAUUCAAACUGCAGUAUCCCGCAAACCUGUUGGAUGGGAAGUCCCUUGGAUCCCUGCGGAAUGCUUAUCUCUAGAUGAUUCUCUGAAGGCGCAUACUAUAUCUGCCGCCUACGCCUGCUUCCUCGACCAUGUUUUGGGCAGCAUAUCUGAAGGAAAGUACGCCGAUUUUGUGAUCCUGCCUUGCACAUCAUGGGACGAGUUCGCUAGCGACAUACCAAGCCAAGUCUUGGCAACCUACGUGAACGGCAAGCAGGCCUAUCCAUGAUCCCAUCAGGUGACUCCGCUCCAGGCUAGAAUAGGUUGAAUACACUGAAACUAUCAUAUUCAAAGUCUUACAUCAUACAACAUCUGUGUGCCAAUCAACUAGGCAAGUGGGCUUCUUCUAAACCGAUAUACUAUUAUUCAACUCUCUUUAUCUCAAAAUAUACAUUUCUAAAGCUGGGCCAGAAGAAUGAUUGGAGAAAUAUUAUAAUUGGUCUAGAAGAAAAUGCAGGUGAAAAAACUAAAUUGAAAAUGGUUGUGGUUGGUUGAAAUAAUGAAGCAGGUGAAGAAGUAGCUUUAUAUUUUGAGAUAAAUGUGGACGAUAGAAAUAGUCACUUUUUAAUACGGAGGGAGCAGCUAAAAUGGAUAAAUGGAUAUCCUGUGGCUUGUAGCUGGAUAGAAGUGUCCC